AUGCAACAAAGUGGGUACUCGAGCUCGAUGCAACAGGUAGCGCCCUACAGGGACACCCCGACGACCUCUACUGGCACUCCAAACGACCCAUCAGGCCUAGCCACACACGCUCAUUCGCCCUUCGACUCGUCGCACGAUCUUUCAUCAGAGCCAACGCUCAGGAAUCCUCCAACAAACCAAGCACAGCCCGUGCCCUACAUGUCCGUCCCACAACCAGGUUACCAAAACAUCGAGUCCCGCAACAGCGACUGGCUGGAGCAGUCACAGAGGGCGAGCAAACGGUCAAGACGGAUCGUUAUUGGUUCGGUAGUUGCCCUCAUCAUUCUAAUCGCUGCCGGUGUCGCACUUGGUGUCACGCUCUCGAAAAAGAGCUCGAGCAACAACUCGAGUUCGAGUUCGAGCAGUAGCGCCCCAGCUGGAACGAACCCUAACGAUCCGAGUAACUUCCCGAAAAACUCCGCUUUGGUCAAUUCGUUCUAUGGCAUUGCGUAUACGCCACUAGGCUCGCAGCUCCCCGAUUGUGGCAAUAAUCUAACGGAGGUCAUUGAAGAUAUCCAGUUGUUGUCUCAGAUCACAACGACCAUCCGUCUUUAUGGCGCUGACUGCAAUCAAUCCUCUCUCGUCCUUGCCGCCAUCCAGGCUACCAAGGUCAACAUGUCUGUCUAUCUCGGCAACUACCCCGAUGCCACCGAUAACGGGGCUGCGUACGAGCGCCAGAAAGGCGAAAUCCAGACUGCUCUUCAACAAUACGGUGCAGCCAACGUGGUCGGUGUUACAGUCGGCAAUGAAUUCAUCCUUGAUUACAUCACAUCGGCAGGGCAGACGGAUCCCAACGGCUCCGCAGGACAGGCAGCCGCAGCGAUGUUGAUACCCUGGAUCAGCGAUACCCGUUCAAUGUUGUCCUCGAUGGGUAUGAGCAAUAUAUUAGUCGGCAAUGCAGACGCUGGAAGUUAUUUCAACAACGAAGUGCUAUCUGCCGUUGACUAUGGGAUGGCGAACGUCCACCCAUGGUUCGCCAAUCAAUCGAUUAAUGACGCUGCCGCCUGGACGGCCGACUUCUUCAACACCACGGACUUCGCUCUUGCUCAAUCUCUUUCGAACAAACCGAAGAUGUUCAUUGCUGAGACUGGCUGGCCAACUGGUAGUUCUUCUUUCAAUGCCAACCCGAAUGAUGGGCCUUCGCUCGCUUCGGCGCAAAACCUGCAGAUAUUUAUAGAUACUUUCGCAUGUCAAGCUACCAAAAACGGAACUGGGUACUUUUUCUUUGAGUUCAGUGACGAGCCUUGGAAGAACGUAACGUAUGGUGGUGUAGAGGGAUACUGGGGCUUGUUCGACGCCAAGUAA